CUUUCAAGUGGCUCGUGCUGGUGUCGUCACCGGAAGUGGCUGAAACAGUCUCGCGCUAAACAUGCUGCGCAGAGGGUGACAUUGGACACAGAUUAAUGUUUUAUAACAGUAAAAAUUCUAGUAAUUAGUAUCAGUAACUGAAGUGUAAAUGGAGCCGUCUAAAGCAGAGGAGCCGCACCUGAGGCACGUGGAGAAAGACGUGUUGAUUCCCAAGAUGAUGCGGGAGAAAGCCAAGGAGAGAUGCGUCCAGCAUGUGGAUGUGUUCAACCGCUGCUGUAAAGACGCCGGCUUCUUCAUGGUGUUCAAGUGUCGAGAAGAGAACGCCGCGCUGAAGGAGUGUCUGACGCGCCAUUACCAGGAUCCUGCGUUCUUCGAGGAGUGCAAACAGGAGUAUCUGAAAGAGAAACAGGAGUUUCAACAGACUGGGAUUCCAGGCAAGAACAGGAAGCAGAAGCUUCCCACCAGCAUGUAGACGGACGCUGGAGUCGUGAAAGUCAUUUCUGGCCGUUGGAGGGACUGCUGGCUGUUUCUGAUGGACGUUCUCUGGAUCUGCUCUUUAUAUUCAUGAUUAGCUCUUAUAAACCAUCACUAGCUCCAAAGCCUAAUAAAAAUUCAUAGAGAAUUUUUUUGAAUCGCAUCAGAUGCGUGUCGUCCCUGGGGAAUUACUGACACAUCAUGUGAAAGCAAAUGUUUUUUGUUUCUUUGUUUUAAAAUACAACUCCAGAGUUAUUGUGAUUGUAUAUGAAUGAGUUUGUGCUUCACAUUCAGGAAAUGAAUCUCCAACAUCUUGAGUGUCUGUAAUUGUUUCUAGCACUGUAAAACCAAUUAAAAAGAUUUUUUUUAAUGUAAAUAAUUGGUGACAAUGUUAUACGUUUAAUAAUAAAAUAAUGUUUUCAAUAUAA